CAUGAUGUUGCUGAUGCCGUGGUGUUACCUCUGGGCAGAGCCAGCUGAGGACUCCGAGGAUGAGGAGGUGGAAGAGGAGAUGGAGCAUAAAGACCCACCAAAAAAGCUCAAGAAGAAACUGCCCAAAGAGCCCACCUCGGGUGAGAACCGGGAGAAGAAGCUGAAGCCAAAGGGAGACAAGAGUGACCCUGAAGGCAAAGCCAGAUCUGCCAAAAGCACCAAGAAGGAGUCCAUGGCCAUGUUCCAGGUGAACAGGGAGAAGAAAAGCAAGAAGAAAGCCAUCACUGGCAGUGAUGAGGAGGAUGAUUCUGACUCCAGCACCAAGCCCAUCAGGUCAGAGAAGAAGAACCCAGUGUCCCUCUUUCAGACUGGAGGGGACCCCCCCAAGGAAAAGAAGGCCAAAAAGAAAGCUCCUUCCAAAGCAGCCAACACUGAGGAGGAGACUCCAGAGACCCCACAAAAGAACUCCAACAGGAAGGGAAAAGCGAAGAAGUCAAAGAAGGCGAAAGAGGAGAGGCCCCCAUCACCUGCCAUCGAGGUGGACAACCUGGAGGAGUUUGUGCUACAACCAGCGCCCCAGGGAGCAACCAUCAAGUGCCGAGUGACUCGGGACAAGAGGGGCAUGGACCGGGGGCUUUAUCCCACCUACUACCUCCACUUGGAUAAUGACAAGAAGGUGUUCCUCCUUGCUGGGAGGAAGCGUAAGAAGAGCAAAACCUCCAACUACCUCAUCUCCAUUGAUCCCACUGACCUGUCACGGGGAGGAGAGAACUUCAUUGGGAAGCUGAGAUCCAACCUGAUGGGUACAAAGUUCACGGUGUUUGACAACGGUGCAAACCCUGACAGGGCCAACGCCAACUGGUCCAACGUGCGGCAGGAGCUUUCAGCUGUGGUCUACGAGACCAACGUUUUAGGGUUCAAAGGCCCCAGGAAGAUGACGGUCAUCAUCCCGGGGAUGAACUCUGACAGUGAGAGGGUGCCCAUCCGGCCCCGAAAUGAUAAUGAUGGCCUCCUGAUGCGAUGGCAGAACAGGAACAUGGACAACAUCAUCGAGCUGCACAACAAGGCACCAGUGUGGAAUGAUGAGACCCAGUCCUACGUCCUCAACUUCCAUGGCCGGGUCACCCAUGCCUCUGUCAAAAACUUCCAGAUUGUGCAUGACAGUGACCCUGAUUACAUCGUGAUGCAGUUUGGGCGCGUGGCUGAUGAUGCCUUCACCAUGGACUACAACUACCCGCUGUGCGCAGUGCAGGCCUUCGCCAUCGCCCUCUCCAGCUUUGACGGGAAGCUGGCCUGCGAGUAGCACCCGUGCUGGGGCCCCUGAGGCCACCGGGGCCACCAGGUCGGU